CUCGCCACAUACACUCGUGCUAACCUUUAACAUACUAACGUUUACCUAUGCCAUAAUACAAAAGUUUAUUAGGCUGGUUAGCGACAUGAUUUUAUUUGGAGGUUCGAGAACCCAGCGAUACGCUUAAGAUUUGGUUGAUUGACAUCAAAUUAGUCUCACCCACUCCCCAGUGUAGUUGUGAUCGAAUUGUUUGUAUAUAUUUGUGUAUAUAUAUUUAUAAAUAUAUAUAUUUGGACAUAAAUCUAUAAGUAUAUGAAUCACACGUCUCGGGCCAUGUUUUAUGUACGAGCUUAUAGGCCGAUAUUUGGCACAGGUGCAUUGCUAUCAGGUGUUCCAAAGUACAGCCCUUGGUUAUCACAACUAGGAGUCCGUGCCUUCCACACACAAACCGCGAGGACAUACUCCAACUCUAUUAGCACAAUACCGAAAUGGCCAAGCUUUUCUUUCAACAGCCCCAAAUUAUUUGAUGGUGGGCAACCGAAAGCUAUAAAUAAGAUUGUGAGACCAUUUCAUAGUUGUCUAUCAACUUUAGACCAGAGCGAUGAGCAGACGGCAUACAAGGGCAGAGCCGGCAAACUCCAUGUCAGCGGCAGAUCAAAUCGGGAAAAAAAGAGAAUCCCACUUGAUAACAACGACAAUCUAACGAAUGAACCGGCUACCGAAGUUUUGAGCAGAACGAGAGAGCUUGUGCCCACGAAGUGGAGUGCAAAACCCGGAGUAUACAUGGAGUUGACCAAGAUGCGACUGAGUGCCUUGGUAGUGCUGACCACCAUGGUAGGAUACGCCAUUGCUCCGGGAGCCAUCAACGCGGAGACACUCUUCUACACCACCUUAGGCACGGGGCUGUGUGUGUCGGCUGCAAACAGUAUCAAUCAGUGGGCCGAAGUACCGUUUGACGGCCAGAUGUCGCGUACGGGCAAUAGGGCUAUAGUGCGACAAGAGCUCUCCCCACUGCACGCGCUGACCUUCGGCGUGGCCUGUGGUGCAGCUGGCACAGGCAUCCUGUGCACUGAGGUCAACAGCCUCGUAGCUCUGCUAGGCUUCACCAACAUCUUGCUGUACACAUGUGUGUACACACCGUCCAAGCGUUUCUCCAUUACGAAUACCUGGACAGGGGCCGUUGUCGGCGCUAUUCCGCCUAUGAUGGGGUGGGCUGCCUGUACGGGUGGACUAGAGGAUGGCGCUUGGGUGCUGGCAGGCAUACUGUAUGCAUGGCAGUUUCCGCAUUUCAACUCACUCAGCUGGAACUUGCGCCAGGACUAUAGCAAAGCAGGCUACCAUAUGAUGUCUGUGACAAACCCUGGCCUUUGCAUGCGAGUGGCUCUGCGAUACUCCGCGCUCCUCUUCCCUCUGUGCUAUGCGUGCUGCUACGUGGAAAUGACGACCAUCAACUUCGCAUACACGUCCACUCUAGUGAACGGUGCAAUGUUCUGGGAGAGUUGGAAAUUCUACCGGAACGGGAAUUCCAAAUCGGCCAGAGGGCUGUUCUUUGCAUCCAUCAUACAUCUUCCUGUGCUUCUAUCGUUGCUCUUGCUCCAUAAGAAAACUAAAGAGGUGCCCACCAUGGUGUCAGACACCGAAAGAGACUAUGCACUGGAUAGCCAGGUGGUUUAUCCGGUUCAGAUAGCGUAGGCGAGUUCCGCAGAAUAAAAUCGUAGUUGUAUGUUAG